AUGUCGACAGAUCCCCCAACAUCACCCGACGAGAAAAGUCCGGGUGUCAAACGGAUUGAAAUCCUCUCCUCGCACAUUCAUCUAGUCGAUCGAAUCUUCUUGUUCUCCAGCAUCUUUCUUAUUGCUUACGUCUAUGGCUUGGAUAACCAGGUUCGGCAGACGUAUCAGCCUCUAGCCACAGCUGAAUACCAACAACACAGUCUGAUCUCCACCAUCAACGUCUUGCGCGCUGUGAUUGCAGCAGCAGCACAACCUACCGCCGCGAAAAUUGCUGAUGUUUUCGGAAGAGUCGAAGUGAUUCUCCUUUCGAUCGUGUUCUAUACAGUCGGGACCAUCGUGGAAGCCUGCGCGAACAAUGUGCAAACCUUUGCUGCGGGUGGUGUGAUAUUUCAGGUUGGUUAUACUGCAAUUGUCCUGCUGAUUCAGGUCUUAAUCGCCGAUAUCACCUCCCUCAAAUCCCGGUUGCUUUUCUCCUACAUUCCGUCGACACCGUUUAUCAUCAAUACGUGGAUCAGCGGUAAUGUCACUUCUUCCGUCCUGCAAGUCACUACUUGGAGAUGGGGAGUUGGGAUGUUCGCAGUCAUAUAUCCAGUGUGUACUCUUGCGUUGCUCACCCCACUCUACAUAAUACAGAGAAGGGCCAAAAAGCAGGGCGCCUUUGCGACAUACCAGAGCCCUGUCCGGCUGCUUGGAGCUCGUCAGCUUGUUAAAGAGUCGUUCUGGUAUCUCGACGUGGUCGGCAUCUUACUUCUUAUCGCCUUCUUGGCCUUGAUCUUGACCCCAUUUACAAUUGCGCACGGAGUCCAAUCGGAAUGGAAAACCGCCAAAGUCAUCGCCCCGCUCGCAGUCGGCGUCUGUUGCAUCCCGGCAUGGAUCGUCUGGGAACGCAAAUGCAAGCAUCCAAUGGUACCAUUCAAGUUGUUGAAAGAUCGGGCCGUCUGGGGCGCCUUGGGAAUUGCUGUCAUGCUGAAUACUGCAUGGGCCCUUCAGGGUAAUUAUCUCUAUACCGUCCUUGUUGUCAGCUUCGACGAGUCAAUUACCUCUGCGACAAGAAUCAUCUCCUUGUACAGCUUUGCAUCGGUUAUCACCGGUUGUCUACUCGGUUUCGUGAUCCUCAAGGUUCGAAGACUCAAAAUAUUCAUCAUUGUAGGGACGUUGCUUUUCAGUGUUGCCUUUGGCAUCCUCAUAUAUUUCCGUGGAGGGUCAGGAGGAUCCAGUCAUUCAGGUGUUAUUGGUGGACAAGUCUUGCUAGGUAUUGCUGGAGGUCUAUUCCCGUACUCAGCCCAAGCCAGUAUCCAGGCAGCUACCAAGCAUGAACAUCUUGCCGUGGUAACCGGUCUCUUUCUGGCCUGUUACAACGUCGGAAGCGCACUUGGCGAUACUAUCGCGGGCGCAAUCUGGACCCAAGUCCUUCCAGGGGAACUCAGCAAUAAGCUCGACGAUCCUGCACUCGUUCAGCAGGCAUACGGGGACCCGUUCACCUUUGCAUCUUCUCACGCCAUGGGAACGCCUCGGCUACUUUGCAUCACCGGCAUCUGCUUGACGGUGCCCUUGAUCGCUUUUGCGUUUUGCAUGAAGAACCCAAAGUUGACCAAUGAACAGAGCUUCGCCAAUGCCGAAGAAAGCGAAGAGUCUUCUUGA